UCCAGUUUUCUGAAAGCGUCAGGUAUUCCACUCUUUACUGCCUCGAUCGUCAGGCCGUCAGAGAGGUCUCAUAUAACCGCGGCGGUCUUCUACCAAAGUACAUUCAGGGAAAGAAAAUGGCCGAUAACCUCAAGCCCGUCGCCCUGUUCCUGCUGCUGCUCAACUUCAGCAUGUACACGAUCAUCGCCAUCAUCGGCGGAUGGGCGGUCAACUUCGCCAUCAACCAGGGCUUCAUCAUAGGCCCCGAGCUGCGCCUCCCGGCUCACUUCCACCCGAUCUUCUUCCCCAUCGGCAACUUCGCCACCGGCUUCUUCGUGGUGUUCGCGCUGCUGGCCGGCGUCGUCGGGGCGGCGUCCUGCAUCGUGGGCUUCACGCACCUCCGGUUCUGGAGCUACCACAGCCAGGAGCCCGCGGCGUCGCUCGGCCUGAUCGCCUGGGCGCUCACCGUCCUCGCCAUGGGGCUGGCUUGUCAGGAGAUCUCUUUUGACCGAAGAAAUGCGAAGCUGGGGACCAUGGAGGCGUUCACCAUCGUCCUCUCGGUGACGCAGCUCUUCUACGUGCUCGCGAUCAAGAGGGGAAGCCACGGGCCCGUCCCGGUUGAACGGCACAACACCCUGGGCCGCUGAUCGGGCUGGAGGUUAUGCACGGAUAGAAAAAUGUGCAAGAAACAGAGGCGCCGGAGAAUGUACGUGUACUUGUCGUGGUCUUGCUUUUCGUUUGGUGAGAUGAUUGUUUGAGUGGGAUCGAGGAAAAUUGAGGGCUUGCGUUUCCGUUCAUCUGCACGUUUCUGCUUUCAUUUGGCCUUCGGGUUUAUUGAUUGAUGGUGAAUUCAAGCAUCUGGAAAGGUCACAUGUGCUCUCUAUUUCUAUGCUGACUGAGAUCAGAAGCAAAUAAUAUAACUUUCACUUUCUCUUUU